AUGAUGAUGGGUGAGGGAGUGAUGAGGGUAGGGGUGUUAGCAUUGCUUUGCUUUCAUGUUCUUGUGGGGAAUGUGGCUUUGGCUAGAAAUGUGAAGGACUUUGAGGAUGAGAAGUUUUUUACUAUUGGUGAGGGAGGGGGAUUUGGUGGUGGUUUUGGCGCCGGUGGAGGUUUUGGUAGUGAGGAUGGUACAGGGUUUGGUGGCGGCGGUGGAGGUGGCUUUGGUGGUGGUGGUGGGGGAGGAAUAGGUGGAGGCAUUGGUAAAGGUGGUGGCAUUGGCGGAGGAGCUGGUGGCGGUGCAGGAGGCGGGGGUGGAAUAGGUGGAGGCAUUGGUAAAGGUGGCGGCAUUGGAGGUGGAGCGGGGGGAGGUGCAGGAGGCGGUAUUGGCGGGGGAGCUGGAGGUGGAAAAGGAGGAGGAAUUGGUGGUGGUGCUGGUGGAGGAGCGGGUGGUGGCAUUGGAGGAGGAAUAGGAGAAGGUGGUGGCAUUGGUGGAGGAGUUGGUGGUGGUGCUGGAGGUGGUAUUGGCAAAGGUGGGGGCAUUGGUGGUGGUGGUGGUGUAGGUGGAGGUGCCGGUGGUGGUGUAGGAGGUGGAAUUGGCAAGGGUGGUGGC